AUGACGCAGGCGGCGGCACAGCUUGGAAUGCGGAUCCUUUCAACCGAAGAUGACCUUCGUCGACUGCGACACCCUUGCUACGAAACUGCGCAAGUGACCACUUUCGAGUCGCACGACAUUUUGCGACGUCAGGCCAUCUAUCCAGCGUCAAACUUGUUCGGCGACCAUGCUGGUGGCGCUGCAGCCGGCUUGGUGCCGUUCUGGAUUCCCCGGCGUGAUUCUCAGUUUAUGGAGUUGAACGAUGGAGCCCCAAGAUGCACUGGCGAAAUCCUCACAAGGUGGACAGCUCCAGUUUCUCACACCUUCGAUGUGUGCAACCGCACAGACCUGUUGAAGUGGCAUCUCGGCUGCAUCGUACUUCGCCAUGUUGUGGUUCAAGGUCUCGCAUGCCCCGACGUCUUAAUCCUGGAAUGGCAGCGCUGGGUCGUGAACCUGGGCGCUGGAGAUGGCUCUUGUGGCCAGGACGUCGUUCGACAGGAUAAUCUCGCACGGGGACUCUUCGGCAUGUCGGACCCGACGAACUGCUUGCUUCGAGAAGGAUUUGGAGGUUUGGUGUUCGAGGGUGACGACAGGCGCCUCCAUGACCUCCAGAGCCUCGUGGAAAAUCGCACAGAUGUGGAGCUUCAUUUUGGUUUCGUGGAUCCUGGUAUUGCAACGAAGCGCAUCCUGGAGUAUCAAGCGCACCAUGGCCCAUCAUCUCCACAGUGGCUCAAGGUUGACGUGGACAACUGCGACUGCUGCUUUGUGGAAGAUGUUCUGAAAGCGGGAAUCCGACCUCUUCUCAUUCAUGUGGAAGUGCACCCGCUGGUUCCUCCACCCUUCGUGUACAGGCCGGUCUUUUUCGAUCCCAGCAUUGGGGACUCGAUGCUCUCGCUGAGUGUCCUGGAGGGGCGUCCUGGACACAUGCUUCACUGUUCACUUUCUGCCUUCGAAGA